ACAAAGCAAAGGAACGUGGAGAGGGAAAGAAAGAGAGGGCAUAAAGGCGAGGUUUUUGAUCUCGUUGCAAAAUAUCGAAUCGAUCUAGCCGAUCGUUGAGGUGAAUGGCGAAGCUUAGCGCGAUUACCGUGUAUUCUAUGGUUGGGUCACGGUGGCGAGGAUCAUCCCUUUGAUAUAUAUACACAUAUGUACACGUAUAUAUAUAUGAAUACACACAGAAGCGUACUCGAUACGUGGAUCUUGCGCAGAAUAUGGGGAAGGCACGAGGCGAAUUUGGCUACGAAGGCAACAACGUGACACCACGAGGAAAUUUCUUCGACGAUUCUAAAUAAACGGAUUACGUUUCAAAUCUCCGCGAAUCUCUCUCGGCGUCUUCCACGAUCCCCUCCGUUGCACGUGUUCCCUUCUCGAUUCGAUCGUGUUGCCGCGUGUCGUCGAUCACCGCAAUCGUGUGUGGCCGGCAAGAACGUUCUACAAUUCGGGGAAGAGUGAAACGAUCGAUCGAGGGAAUGAUUAAAAAUUCAAAGAAGAUGGACAGUCACGGAUGAAGCCAUGGUUGCCAUGACGACCGUUGCCAAAGUGUCAUAGGUGCGAUCAAUGAGACGCUCGACGAGGGAUUUCAAUGAUACGCCACCAAGUGUAUCGGGGUGGUCGUGGUGAUUGGUGAGAGGCCAGUCAGGACGCGACACCUCGUUUCUCCUCGCGUGCACGAGGAAAUGUUAUCUCUCGUGGAGCGGCGCACACCACAGCACACACCGUAAGAAUCCAGAAACCGUUAAGGGGCGAAAGUGAGCCCGAGUCUCGCCGGCUGGUGGCCAGCCAUGCUCGACAAGAUCGAGGAGCCGUCCCCUCGUUCCAAGAUCUCGUGAUCAAGAUCUCGUGACAGGAGGAGGAGAUCGUGAGUCCGGGCGAAAUGGGGACGAAUACGGGCGACCAGCCGUCUCUGCUCGGCUCCAUCGUGAGGAACCUGUCGUUGGAUCGUCGGCAGCGACCACCGACCGACCACCUCUCCGCGGGGAACGCGACCAAGGGCAACACCGAGGGGGAGGAGACCUCCUCGUUGAACGACCUGCUCUCGAGAAGCGAGACGAGCAGCGGUAUCGAGUCAGGCUGGUUCAACGACUCGACAACACCCUCCUACCCCGGUGCGUCCUCGCCCUUCUUCUCGUCCGUCUCGCCCACGCCCUCCCCCGGAUCCGAGAAUUACACGGGGAUAUCGGACCUGUUCGUGUUCGACGAUCUGAACGAUUACAUCAAUCGAUUGAAUUACAGCGCUUUCGUUAAUCUGACGGCCUAUUACGACGGCGGGGCAAACUUGAAUCUGAACGGAACCGUGAACUGCACCUCGUCGUCCGGUGUUGUGAGUGCGGGGGAGUGCGGGCCGGCGGCGGACGUUGACGAAAAGACGGACGCCAACAGUUGGUGGGCCCUGAUCCUCGUCAUCGUCCCCUGUUUGACCCUGUUCGGCAACGUGUUGGUUAUACUUGCCGUGGUUCGAGAGAGGGCCUUGCAAACGGUAACCAACUACUUCAUCGUCAGCCUGGCCGUCGCCGAUUUGCUCGUCGCCGUCCUCGUGAUGCCGUUCGCCGUCUACGUGUUGGUAAACGGGUCGUGGAGCUUGCCCGGCUUUGUCUGUGACUUUUACAUCGCAAUGGACGUCACGUGCAGCACCAGUUCCAUCUUCAAUCUCGUAGCAAUCUCGAUAGACAGAUACAUAGCAGUGACCCAGCCGAUAAAAUACGCCAAGCACAAGAACAAUAGAAGAGUGUGGUUGACGAUACUGUUGGUCUGGGCGAUAUCUGCCGCGAUCGGCAGCCCGAUUGUUCUCGGCUUGAAUAACACCCCCGACCGGACACCGGACCAAUGCCUCUUCUACAAUACAGACUUUAUCAUAUACUCGAGCCUAUCCAGCUUUUACAUACCUUGCAUCAUCAUGGUGUUUCUCUACUACAACAUAUUCAAGGCGCUGCGAAACAGAGCGAGGAAAGCGAGGGCCAAUAGGAAACCUAAUUUGGGCGACAUUAAACCGGGCAGCAUAAUAGAGAACAUAGCGCACACUCGCAGUGGGUAUUCUGUGGCAAGGUUUGCCGAGACGGCGCUGGGGGCGGCGGCACUCGUGGCUCCCGGCAUGGAAGAGCCGACCAACACCGCUUCCGGUAGCAACGAGGACGAGGACGAGACCCCCCUUGAUCCUGUUGUGGUCAUCUCGAACGAUAAGAGCACCGAGUUCUUUUUGGCCACUGUCGUCGAGGAAGCAGCUUGUCGUUUCAGCGCAGUGGCUCAAGCUCAACUGGGCGGAGCGCAGAGAAAGGAUGCCGGAUACGAGGGUGCGGCGAGCACCGCGGUGAUUCACGAACCCGUGCUGGAAACGAAUUCGAGCCCGAGCCCUAACCCACGGAUCGCCUCGUCUGCCCCGUCGUCCUCGACCUCGUCCUCGCCGCCGGCCAAGGCCGCGAGCCAAGCCUCGCAAGCGUCGAGGAAGAACGGCGGCGAAACGAACAAGCAGGAGUUGAAGAGGCUCAAGAGCACCGUCUCCCUUCUCCCCCUGCCGCUUGGGCGCACGCCAAGCGUGAUGUCCGCUUCGUCCACCUGCAAGAAGGACAAGAAAAAUGCCGGCUCCGGAUCGCGGUUCACCAUAUACAAGGCGAACAAGGCGAGCAAGAAGAAACGGGAGAAAAGCUCGGCGAAGAAGGAGCGAAAGGCUACGAAAACGCUGGCCAUUGUUCUUGGUGUAUUUCUGAUCUGUUGGCUGCCGUUCUUCACGUGCAACAUCAUGGACGCGAUUUGCACAAAGCUGACCGCCGACUGUCAACCGGGCGUCACCGCGUUCAUAGUGACCUCUUGGCUAGGGUACAUGAACAGCUUCGUAAAUCCCGUGAUUUACACUGUGUUCAAUCCGGAAUUUCGCAAAGCCUUUCAUAAACUCGUCAGCUUCUAGGCGUAUCUCAAUUUCGUUUUAUCAGGUCACGUUUUAUCUUGGAAUGGAGGAACAACAACGAGACAAUUGGACAAUCGAACAGCUCAACAUUUGUUCCGGCUGAAGGUAUAUAUGUAUAUAUAUAUAUCUUUUCGUAGUCGUGCCCUUCGAGUCUUUUGUAGACUGGACAAUAUGAGAACGAGGUCAUUUUCCCCUGAUUGUAAUAAGAAAAAGAAAAUAAAAUAAAAA